AUGGCGAGUAGUAGCACGCAAGCAAACGAGGGGCACGAUCGUCCCUCGCAGUGUAAUGAGGACACCGACUGGGUCGUAGUCAAAGCAGGCGCAGAUAUUGGCACAGAAGACUUCGAGAUUAUCGAAUCCGCCGAGGCCCAAUGCUGGUGUGGCGGCUCGGACGCCGAGCUUUGUCGUCAGAAGGGUCACCGUUGGCCGCUUUGCCAAGUCGACCGCGAGGAGCUGUUGCCGAAACAGCCUGAUGAGCCUAGUCACCGGUCGCACGACAAAGAGGAUAAAGAUGCAAGGGCGGACUCGAACUCAGAUGUAGAUCAACCCCCUGGCGAAGACUGGACUACUGGCCCUUCUAAGUCCGAUCCUUCUCCAAGGCCAAAAAAGAAGCGUCGGAUCGCCAUCCCGCCAGUGUCUGCAAACACGAGCAGCGGUCCAUUUUCCCAGCUGGCUGUCCUCACUGACCUGAUGGAUCAAACUAGGAGUGAUUACGAGGACCUCUAUUCCGCAUAUCAAAAGUAG